AUGGAGUGCAAGAAGUCCAACAAGAUCACAGAAAUCGUCAGGCUGCAACAAAUCCUCAAGAAAUGGAGAAAGGCAGCCAACUCAUCCAAGCCCCCCACCAACACCGCCACCACCUGUUCCACUACAACCGGGACUGCCACCACCAACAACAACAACAGCAGCGGCGGCGGCAGCAAGAGCAUAAAGUUUCUGAAGAGGACUCUGUCACUGUCAGAGAGCAGCAGCAGCAAUGCUAGCAGCGACAAUGGCACGGUGCCAAAGGGUUACCUGGCGAUCAGCGUCGGGCUGGAGCAGAAGCGGUUCACCAUCCCGACGGAGUACCUGAGCCACCCUGCAUUCCACAUCCUGCUCAGGGAGGCCGAGGAGGAGUUCGGUUUCCAGCAGGCUGGCGUCCUGAGGAUCCCUUGCGAGGUUCAGGUGUUCGAGAGCGUGGUGAAGAUUGUUGAGGAGAAGAAGGAUGGUGCUCUCUGCUUCAUGCAGCAGCAGCAGGAUUGCAGGUUCGACUUUGAAGAUGGUGCAGCAGCAGCAGGAGCAGGGUAUGGCUACUGUUCAUUGCCGGGGCAGCAAUGUAGUACUCCUGUUCAUCACCCUCAGAGCCCUAUGUGCAGAUGA